AGAUUUUCUUUGGCCCAAACAAAAUCCCUAAACCCAGAAAAAACCCUAAAUCCUCAACGAGAAUCGGAAACUUUCGAUGUCCGCCGCCAGAUCCGUCCUACGUUCCGGUGUUAGCCGAGCCGCCGUUGCCGCAUUGAGGUCGACGAAACCUAUGCCGUAUUCUGCGCGGUCUUCGUUUAAGUUGCCUAAACAGAGCCCUCUCUCUCACCGCAUUUUCAGGUCUCCGGUGGAAUUGAGCUGCUGCGUCGAGACGAUGUUUCCGUACCACACGGCCACUGCUUCUGCUUUGCUCAAUUCGAUGCUCUCAGUUUCAGGGCGCUCCAUUUGGACUCUCCAAGGUACUUCGAAAGAGAAGGCAAAGACUUUAAUGUCUUAGCCAGUUUUGUUUCAUUUUCUCGUGAUUUGAUACCUAAGUAGCUGUUUUGGUGAAACUUGUUGUUGAAGAUGUAAAUUAUGAUGAAGAAUAGUGAUUUUGAUACAUAACUGUAUCCUUCAAUUUGUUGCAUUGUUAUAUCAUCUUCCUGUUUAUCAACCAUAUGCUUGCGGAUCUAUCUCUAGUCGUAAGGUUUUUGUAGAUUAAGUGUAGAGUUGGUAUGUUACUUUUGAAGGGUUUUUGUGUUGGUCUUAAAAGUUAUGUGCACUAAUUAAUGGAGGUUUCUAUAGAUUGAUGAGUUUCUGUUAAUUUCUGUAAUUCUCUGCCAUUGCUUGGUUUACUAGUUCUGUUAGGCUCUCUCUUGUUUAGGUGGAGCCUUAUUUUCAGUUUCAGUUCUCAACCACAUUUUGAUGUUUAACUUUGUCGCAGUUUUCACGAGUUGAGUUCUACUUCUUAUACAUUUACGAAUUUGUUGUUUUGGUAUGCAACUUGACGUUUAUGUUGGCAUUUAAUCUCCAUCUGCUUUCUUCGCCUUACUGGAGUAGUUGGGUUAGUAAAUUAAGAGACUAAAUCACAGCCUUACCUGUGGCAUGGUUUGACAAAUCUUGAACCAGAUUUCAAAUGUCUUACAUGUAAUGAGAAUCUCAACUUUUUCCUUUGUCAAGAAUCAAGAUGAUAAAAAGGACAAUAAUCAGGAGUGAUGUAAGCUAUCUAUCAUGUGUUCCUCUUGGAGUUAAGUCUUAGAUGGAAAAAUGGGAAAAUCUUGAUGUGUGCAUUAUGCGCUGUAGUGUUUUAGAUUAUGAUAGUGUUUCACAUGGAAUGCCAAUAGAAACUUUCAUGAAUCCUGCAACACUCUUUGCUCCCUCUAAUCACAUGAGCUUAUGUUUUCUGGAUACUGAUAUGAUGUUCUAUUUGCUCAGAUUGCAUUGAUGAUGCAUGAUGAAUCUCAAAUGAAGAGUGCAAGAUUGG